AUGCAGCCUCUGCUUCUGAUCCUGGAGUUUAUAGUCUCUACUGAAUUAAUUAAGAGGUUUUUAGCCAGGGUUUUCCAGGUCCUCCAGUAUUUGGGUCCCUACCACCAUGAAUUUAUCUUCUCAAGAAGGGUUUGCUUGGGUGCUUCUCUGAACAUGGUGAAGACCUCACCAUCCUACCAUCCAGUCAUCUAUCCACCCAUCCAUCUCCCCACUUAUCCUGUCACCCAGAGCACCCAUACAUCUGUUCACCCACCUACCACUCAUCACCUUUCUAUCUGUUAUUUAUCCAUCUUGACCUAUCUUCUCACCUACCCACAGACCCACCAACCAACUUACCAUCCACCCAUCCAUCCUUCCAUUCAUCCAUCUAUGUAUCCACUAGAUCAAUUAACAUUCACUAUAUACUCCCCCCUCUCCAGUCACUAUAUGGAAUACAGAUUUGAACAAGAAGAGUGGUUUCCUAUUUCAUGUAGUAAAAAGUCUACCUGGGGAAAUUAG